GAAAUUGUUCUGGUGGUAUUUUUUGGUGCUGAAUAUUUGGUGCGGCUAUGGUCUGCUGGUUGCAGAAGUAAAUAUGUUGGCUUUAAGGGAAGACUGCGUUUUGCCAGAAAGCCUAUAUCGAUUAUAGAUCUUAUUGUUGUGAUAGCCUCAAUCAUUGUUCUGAGUGUAGGAUCAAAUGGGCAAGUGUUCGCCACAUCUGCUAUAAGGGGAAUCCGGUUUCUCCAGAUACUUCGCAUGCUUCAUGUAGAUCGGCAGGGUGGCACUUGGAGACUCUUAGGAUCAGUUGUUUUCAUACAUCGUCAGGAACUCAUAACCACUCUCUACAUUGGAUUCUUGGGACUGAUCUUCUCUUCCUAUUUUGUCUAUCUUGCUGAGAAGGAUGCAGUGGAUGAAGAUGGAAGAACAGGUUUCUCCAGCUAUGCUGAUGCCCUGUGGUGGGGUGUGGUUACAGUCACAACAAUUGGUUAUGGAGACAAAGUACCACAAACGUGGAUUGGGAAGACCAUAGCUUCCUGUUUCUCAGUGUUUGCUAUAUCUUUCUUUGCACUUCCAGCGGGGAUUCUAGGUUCUGGUUUUGCCUUGAAGGUACAACAGAAACAACGUCAGAAGCAUUUCAAUAGGCAAAUCCCAGCUGCAGCUUCUCUAAUUCAGACUCUGUGGCGGUGCUAUGCAGCAGAGAAAUCAUACAGUUCUACAGCAACAUGGAAGAUCUAUGUUACCUCGCCAGCUCAAAAUACAAAAAAAACAGCAGCGCCAUCUAGCCCUAAUCUGAGAAAACAGUCUAGAAGAUACAAAAGAAAAGGAAAACCUGGGCGUGAAAAUGGCUCUACACCAAUAAUAAAUCCUGGAGAGACUGCUUUAUCCAUUCCACAGAUUACUUAUGAUCACAUUGAUGAUAGAGAAGACAAAAAAGACACGUCUUUUUACCUUGAUGAACCUGGAGUGAGAAGGCACUUAGAAGGGAGCAGCAAUGAAAUGUCACAGGGCAACAGCUUCACAGAUGACAUAGACUUCAUAUCAGAGGAGUCACCACUACCUGCUGUAUCUAGUGUGGCACAGUUAACUGAAGCACACCGAACAGCUGUCAAAGUCAUAAGGCGAAUGCAAUAUUUUGUAGCCAGAAGAAAAUUUCAGCAAGCUCGAAAACCAUAUGAUGUACGUGAUGUAAUUGAACAAUACUCUCAAGGACACCUUAAUAUGAUGGUUCGCAUAAAAGAACUUCAAAGAAGGCUGGAUCAUUCCUUAGGGAAGCCUGGCCUGUUUCUUCCAGAAAAAGGGUUAGACAAAGGAUACUAUACUGUAGGAGCCAGACUGAUCCGGUUAGAGGAUAAGGUCACGCAGAUGGACCAAAAGCUUGAUGACAUCCUGAGCAAUCUCCAGAUGCAAUUUGGCACUCAGCCGCAAGCUCAGACACCAACCCCAGCCACCCCAACGGGCAGACGUUUUCGGUCAUCCUUGGAUUCCCCUCCUAUGAACCGGAAAAUGUAAAAGCAGCAGGCUACCACCUCUUCAUCAUCUCAUUCUUUCAAGUAGCAUUGCUUUUAUUAUUGGUGUCUGGAACUCCUGCAAUCAUUGUUGGUUGAAGUUAAAUAUUCUGCUGAAGUUUCUUAAAUUACAAAAAAAAAAAAAAAGUAAGCUCAGUAUGCCCCAAUACGUACAAACCCACAAACUUUUUCACCCACUAUCUUAAGAAUUAUGGGAGAAUUCAUGUCAGCUUAUGGGACGCUGAUUGUGUCAUAGUAUUUAGGCAGACUGUACCCAUACACACACACACACACACACACACGUCCUACACAAGAGGGUAGGACAAAACAUUCAUAGGUAGGAAUGAAAGAGGACUGCCUUUUUGGCAUUCGCUCUUCUGCUCACACUAUUUUAAUGCACGCAGCAUGCCCAAGCAGGGGAGGGGAGGCCAGAAUCUGAACGUGAAACAAAUGGAAAUCAGUGAACAGGAAAAUUAAACAGCAUGUUUUGAAGUAAAGACUUUAGCCAAGCAGCCAGAAUCAUGAAAAGGGCAGAGUUAUCUGCUAGCGUGAAUGACAAAGUAAAGACAACAGGCUACUGAUUAAAAAUAUGAAAAGUGUACAGAGGCUGGUUGACAUGCGAAAGACUGAAGCAAGACCUCAGCUAAUUAAAGCAAAGCCUUUGCCAAUGAGACAAGAUGCACGUUGGAACAGACAGAAAUGAGAGAUAAAAUCUGCUUCGGGUAACAGCACAAGAACAUUUUAAUAGCUAUCAGCUGCACAGAUGACUGUUAUCCAGAAUGUUCUCACUGUUUUACUUUCAUUCAGUGAUGAUUAUUGACUCCAGUUGCCUUACUUUUAACAAAUGAAACCUGUAUAAUAAGGAGAUGUGUAAAAACAGGCAAAGCCCAGUUUGAAUGACUGAUUGAACUAAUCCUGUGCAGCAUCGUGAUUUUGAAUGACAAUGUUUAGAAAAAAUCCACUCACACUGUAGAGGAAAGUUAGUCUUUAUUUAAUUAACAUGCUGUAUAUAAAAAGGCUGAGUUUUUGUGUAAUAUGAUGGUAUAUUAAGUACGUAUGCUGGCUGACAUAUUGAUUCUGUGGAAUGUACAGUUGCCUGGAUAAGAAAAUGUAUCUUCUCUUGCACAUCAGCCAAGCAAGAAUAUUGCUGAAUAUGUAAAUAAUAACCAUAAA